CUCGUUAUGUCUUAAUGGCGUAUCAAUCCUGUGAUCAAAAUUGUUAGAAAUUGUUUUUCUAUCUUGAAGACCUGCCAAAACAGCUAGAAAGGUGCAGUUCGGAUCAAUGAAAGAGUAGAAACAUGCAUGAAAGGCGAUUAUGAUCAUGUGCAAAACAGAGUCAAAUUUUUUGAUUCAGUUUUAUAUCUGGAAAAAUGCAGAGACUGUCAUCUGUUGUCAAAGAGAAAGUGGAAGCAUAUGUUGUCAGUGGCGUCCAAGAGGAAAGAAAGAUAGAAUUACUGGACAAUUUGUCUGUUGCAGUAGAGAAGGUUCAAAGUAAAUUUGAAAAUCCGAUUCAUAACAAAGUUGUAAAAGAAGGGAAAGAAGUUGAAAACUUAUGUUCUUGUCUGGAAGAUAUUUUCCAACAUGGACUUAGAGAAAAAGGAUUUCAAAGUUCCACAAAGGCCUCAGAAAAUUUAUCAUUCUGGGCAGUAAUACAGAAAAUUUCUAUGAAAGAGGACAUCCAGUCAAUUUACAGGCUUUCAAUAGUCCAAACUGAUGUAAAUCGCUGUAGAGCAUGGAUUCGCAUGAAGCUUAAGGAUCAUACCAUUGGCAGCUACAUUGGAUUGCUAACUGAGAAUUCUAAGUUAUUGAAAGAACACUAUAAUACAAAUGCGUUCUUGCGGGAUGCAGUUAAAACUGAGUCUGUAAGAACAUUGUUACAGUAUGUGAUUGCCAGUCUCGAUUUCUACAUAAGCAUCGAGUCCAGCGACCGAUAUGCAGACCGUAAGCCAUCGCUAGAUCGCAGUUAUUCAUCAGCAUCGCCAGAUAUUGAUGUCCGUCAAGAGGCUUUUCAAUCUGGCGAAAUAAUCAAAAGCAGAAGAUCAAGCAAGAGGAAAGCUCGAGCGCCCAUCGUGAACAUUGCACCAAUGAAAGAAUUUGACACAAUGUCACACGCGUCAUCGGACCGAUCAUCGGAUUAUUCUUCCAGAUCUUCAUCCGUUAUAUCCCCUCUUUCGCCACGCUGUGAAUCUGCAGGUUUUGCUGUUAAAAAAGCUGAUACAGGAGUAGAUGUGAAAUUCCUAGAAGGCCACUUGCUGAAGGCGGAAGCGAAGUUGAAUGCUACUGACAGUGCUGGACUUGGUAUUCGAGCUGAGUGUGCUUUCGAUAGAAGUAGAUCCGUCAACAGCUCAUUAAGUGUCGAUGGGUUGGGCAGGCGUGGUGAAUUCAAGGCCAGAUCAAAUUCAUCUGGAUCAUCUCGAUCUCGCAGCUCGCUUGAAUCUCAACGAGAUUCCACUUUCGACUCUUCUCUAUCACAAGAAAUUGCAUCUUCAUACAAAGGCAAGUCAGACGAAUCAUUCAAGUGGCCCGGUGUCGCUGCAGAAGGCAAAAUAAAUGGAGCCGAAGAUUACACAAAACUGCAAGCUGAUACUUCAUCAACUCCCCGAAAAUAUGUUUUAACAGAACAGCAAAAGGGGGAGCUUGUAGAAAUGAUGAGAUCACUAAGGUUUAACAGUAAUAGGCCAUUGACAACUGAAAAAGUACUUGAAAUGAUUCCUGUUCAAAAUAACAUGUCGAGAGAGGAGAUAAAAAAUUACAUUGAUGAGUGUCUGCGAGAUUAUUUUUCUAUGGGAAUCAUAACAACGAUGCAGAAGUCUCCGUUAAAGAAACCGAUUAAAACUGAAACAAAUAUAGAAGUGGCUGUUGACCCCAGGGUUGAUGGCACAUGCAAGGAGAGUAACAAGGAUAAGAUUCCAAACAACAAGCUUGAUUUAGAUGAAAUAAACAAGACCAAGAGCCAGUCGCUGGAUAACUUUUUAAGUGAAGGAAGAGCCACAGUACCGCUUUGGAGCAGCAUGAACACAGAAAUAUCCAAACAUAAACACGGGAAAUCAUCUGACUUAGAAAAGGAAGCUUAUUUUAACGACCGUGAACCUGUUGUUCAGAACAAAAUUGAACGGGACUCAAUUAGUAAGUUCGACGACGGUGUUGAUAGAGAAGACAACUUUCCCAAGGAUAAAAUUGAAACAUCGGUAAACACAGAUUCUUUUCAGGCUGCUAGUCAGCUUUUUGAGGGCAACUCGGUUAAAAAUAACGUCAAAUCUGAUGCCUUAAUCAGGUGUCUGUCCAGUGAUACUGAAAUUCCUGUUGAUAAAAGCAACCCUCGUAUAGAUUAUUCCGAUAUCGACGAGGUAAAGAAAAGAGGUACUGCAGGAAAUGAGUUGCACAGGGUUGACCAUGUAUCAGCAGAAGAUGUGCUUAUUGAUAUAAAUUCUACUUCUGGUUUGCCAGUAACACAAGAGUUGGAGAAUGCCAGAACACCUGUUCUUUUGGAAAAGAAGUCUUUUGCUAGUGAGACUAGUGCAUUCGAAAAGCCAUCUAGAACAGUAGAUAGAACAAAACCAAGUGUUGUCAAUGAAGUAGCAAUAAACGAUGCUUUGAUUGAUGAUCUAGACGAUAGCAUUGGUUUAGUUAAUGGCAAUGAUAAUCCUUUUUUUGAGAAGGGAAACGAGUAUGCGGAGAAAUCUUUUGAGCCAGAUUUGUCGAUCGAUGCUGAUGAGCCAAAUUUUGUUCCUGGUAUUCAUGAUGACCCCCUUGCACAUACAUUUUCACAAGCAAAGCCAAUAACACGAUCGCGAAAGGCAAACACCAUAGGCAACUCUAACAAUCGCCAAUCAACACCGAAAUCUGCCAAAGGGCCAACAAGUUUGGAUCGGGAAACUCCAGGAAAAUUGAAAAUAAAAGUGCCAUCAUCGACUGAGGCUAGUGAUCUUCUGUAUGGCUUUCGUGUGAAAUCGCCUACCUUCGAUUCGACGAAAUCAUCAAUUGAUACAAGUCAAGGGUUCUUGUUUGAUAAUGAUGAUUACAUCACGGAUUCAGAUGCUGAUACUUUUACGACUGGCGAUAACAGUGAAAGGGAUAGGAUCCGUAGUCUGCUGGCCGACCUGGGCGUUAACGACGAUAUCAUUGGAAUGAAAGAAGACCAUUUUGCAACUCCAGAUUCAUUCAUGGGAUUCACUAAUGACGAAGAGCUGGAAAAUGCUAUCGAAACCUGCAAAGAGAGGAUCAAGUCACUGCCUCCUGAUUCUGAAGAGAGAAAACAUUUGGUCAUAAAGCUUGUGCAACUGAGGCUAAAGAAACACGAACUCAAGGAGGCACCUUCAGAAAAUCCUAUGCACGUAAAGAAGAUCCUAGGCCAUCACUUUGCGAAGCAAGGCAAAUCGCCCGGGAACUACUUCUGCGACUCGUGUGGAGCCACAAUAUGGGCUCUUUUACAUACGCUGUAUAAGUGUCAAGAUUGUUCCUUUCACUGCCACCGAAAAUGCUUAAAAUCAGUAGACAAGCCAUGCGUUAGCAGCAAGGUCUCUGGAUCCGUUUACAUAACAGAUAUAACUCCAGAAUGUGGCUUAGCGACGCAGCAAUACAGAUGCGCUGAUUGCCGGCGUAGAUUGAUAUUUCGUGAUGGUUGCUUCCAAGCUCGUCUUUGUGAUUACACUGGUCAGUUUUACUGCUCAAAUUGUCAUUGGAAUGAAACGCAAGUUAUUCCUGCGAGAGUCAUACAUAACUGGGAUUUUGUUCCUCGAAAGAUCUCCAGACAGUCAAAGCAUCUCUUGAAUUUGCUGUCAUUUAAACCGAUAAUUUGCCUGAAGAAAAUGAACCCUGCACUUUUCAAUUUUGUUGAGGAUUUACGUGAUGUUCGGGCCCUUCGAGAGCAAACAUUAAGCAUGAAAAAAUAUUUAGUUUCCUGUCGCAUAGCUGUUGAGGAAAGGCUAUUGCUUAUGCUUAAGGAUCGCCAGCAUUUUGUCGAAAAUUCCGAUGUGUACACGAUGCAAGAUCUUAUGAGCAUUGAGAGUGGAAAAUUAUUGGAAGAAUUAUCAAGACUAACGGCUACGUUUGGAAAACAUAUUAAAUUCGAUUGUCUGAUUUGCCAGGGACGAGGUUUCAUCUGUGAGAUUUGCCCGUCGACUGAUGUGAUAUUCCCCUUCGAUUUCAAUUCGCUAUCCUGUCCAGAAUGUAUGUCUCUAUUUCACAGGUCCUGCUACCGGAAAGGAAGUUGUCCAAAGUGCCAAAGAAUAUCUUUGCGAAAAUCAACAAAGGGGGGAACCCUAAAGAGCUGAACUUGAAUCGAUGCUAAGCAACGUCGUAUUGCAACUGCAAAACUUCGGUAAAAUUCUUAAUGAAAUUUAAUUUAUUCAUGGAAUGUUAGGGAUCUAAUUUUCUUUGAUAAAGAUAAUAUAGAGAUAACUAGGUUUUUCACAUGCAUAUGAACGUCUUAUUAAGUGUGGAUUGCUUUCGUUAGAUUGUUAAAAAACCAAGAAUUAAAUUUGCAUUAUUUCUAAUGUUUUGUAAUGUUGUAGCUGAUAUGCUACCUAAAAAUCAUUCUUUGAUUGAUGAGA